AUGAAAACCUACGCCAUCCUAGGCGGCACAGGUUCAACCGGAUCAAGCAUAAUCUGUCAACUCCUCGAGGACGAAGAAAUCCAUCUAAACAUCUACGCGCGGUCCGCGCAAAGACUCGCCGAAAAAGUCCCACAUCUCUCAUCGAACCCACGCGCCAAGUCAUACAUCGGCACACUUGAUAAUGUCGAGCUACUCGCCAACUGCCUGGAAGGAGUCGACGCAGCUUUCUUCACAGUAGCGACCAACUUCAACGAACCGCACUGCUCGAUAGCGCAACAAACGGCGCAUUCAGCCGUAUCCGCGCUGGAAAUUGUUCGAUCACGAGUUACCAAGCGAAAUGGAAAAACCAAGAGGAGCUGGGUAUGUCCGCCUCUCGUGUUUCUUUCCUCGGCGGGAAUCAAUUUGAAAUUGAUCGAGCAGCAGUCGUGGCUGUUUGGAUUUGCGGUUUCUAGAGGCUGUUACUGGAUUUAUCGUGACUUGGCUCUCGCGGAGAAGUAUCUGCGUUCUCACGAGUGGCUUUCGGUGGUGUUUGUUCAGCCUAAUGCACUGGUGCAUGAUCGUCCUUUUGGUGUCAGGUUGGAUGAAGGGGAGGCGAGUUCAAGGUGUUCCUAUGCUGAUCUUGCGACCGCCAUGGUUUUGGCCGCCGAGGGACAAACGGCUUCGGAGGAUUUGAAAGGGGAUAACAAUAAAUGGAUUGGGAAGCGUGUCGGUGUGACUAGUCUUGGUGGUGAAGAGGUGAAGGCUGCGACGGAGAAUCUUCAGUAUAUCAUUCCUGGGUUUGUGGGAUACUGGUCUCCGACUCUAUGGGAUAUGUGCAAGAGCAUAGGGUUGUGGUGA